AGUUUAUUCUGUUAUUAUUCUUUAUUAUAUUGAUAUCUUUAUCAUUGAUCGAUUGCAAUUUCAUUUUUGCUUGAGCGGAAACGCACUCGCUCAUACGAGAUUUAUCCUUAUCCCCGGUCUUUCCCCUCGAAGUCGCGUCUUCCUCGCAGCCGGCGAAGCUGAAGACGAAGAAGCAGAAACGAAUAGAGAGCAAGACAGAGAAAGUAUAAAGCUAUUCUUAAAAUAGGGCUCGAGUGAGCACCAUGAGUGUGACAAGGAGCUGUAACUCCACGGGAACAGAAGGGAAGUCAAGAAGAAGGAAGAAGAAGAAGAGACACAGAGAGUACGGAGUGAGAAGAGAACGAGAAAGAGCAAGAGAGAAGGAGAACGAGAGGGACCGCGGCGUGCCUUGCGGGUCGCCGGCUCUUCAGGGUCCGAGCUUCGUUCGAAACGAGGCGCCUUUGCAGCGCUUGCCACUUUCCUCUCCUACGAGGUCGCGAAGGUGUAUUUCUUGAAACAAGUGAUCGAUUUUUCACUCGUGGCUUUGAUACCGUAAUCUUUCUCCCUCUUCAACGUCCUGUCGCGGUUGGUGCCGGUGAAUGGUGUAACGGUGGAUGCUCCUGUGCUUGAUGGUGGUUGGUGAAGCCAGCUGCAGGAAGGGAGACGUUUUUGGAGACCUGUUUUCUUCUUUUGAAGUUUCUUCACCAUCUUGAGGGACGUAACAUCAUGGCAUCGUACAGGAGCUAUGGUGAUACAGGAGCAUAUCGAAGCAGAACUAGCGCCGGCAUCGCCAGCACAUUAGGUAGAAAUGCUUCCGGUGGAAGUAACCUACCAAGCUGUAGAAGUAGUUAUUCUGGAGUCGGAUCGAGUUCUGUUCGAGCUAUUGCCAAAGAACGGGUGCUUGCUGGCUUUGGAGGCACUUUUCUUAAAAAAGAUAAGUUUGAAGAGAAAUCAGCAUUCAAAUAUUCAUGUACUAAAGACGUCGAUAAAAGUCGAUUGCAUUCCGGAAGAUUGUCGUCCGAAGACAUGAGGGCGAAAAGUCCGCUAUCUGAUAGUAGGUCGUCUCUCCUUGAGAAGUACUCGUUCUCAGCUGGCAAAACAUCGGAGAGGCCGUCUUCCGUGUUGGACAGAUAUAACCGACCGACUUCGCGAGAAAAGAGCAGAGAACCCGAAGGAAUAUCGAGGUACGGAUCCAGCACAUAUCCCGGAUCGAGUUUCGGCCGGAGUUACGGCAACGAUGGUAGAAUCGAAAAGAAGGACCACCCGUCGGUCUCUUAUAGAGGAUUACGUCCCAAUUCCGGAAAAACAUCCCGCGAGCCCAGUCCGGAAGUCGGUGUCGGAAAAACGAAUUCCUUCAGGGUCUAUUCACGAGCGCCGUCUUAUGGUCGUUCAGCUGCUUCACCUAAUACGUCCGAAUCGAGCACAGCUACAAUCUCGACGAGAUUCGGUUCGACAGCUGGUUCGCGAUUUCUUUCGUCGCGAAGUAGCAACGAACGAAUGUCCACAACCAUGAAUUAUUCUGCAGUAGGAAAAUUUCGAAGUUUGAACAAUAAAUCGAUUGAUCAGAAAGAAGAAGAGCAAUCAAAAUUUAUUAUAAAGUCUGAUAAAGAUAAUCACCACGAAUUGCCAAAAAUUACAAACCGAGUAGAAGAGGACAAGACAAACAAUAAAUUACCUGAUAAUGAGUUUGUGACGUUUAUGGCAGUGACAAGAGGUACUUCACCGACACCUCCAGCUUCCUCAUCUUACGUCAGAAAUAGGCGGGCGGAGAUCAAUACCGUUCAUCAAAAAGAAGUGAUUAGAUUGAUUCAGAGACGGCCGGAUACCAUAGAUAAAGAAAUACAGUGUGAUCAAAUAGAGGAAGCGUCAAGGUUUUCGAGAUAUGGCAGUGGUGGCAGCAGUAAUAAGGCAUCUGGUGCAUCCUGGUCGACGUAUCUGGAAAAAUAUUCAGGUGGAUCGUCAACUAGUAGUCCUUCAAUGUAUUCAAGAGGAUUUACUAAUGCAAGUUCUUCUAGUGGUAGGCUUAACAACUUCGCGUAUGUGAGAAUGACUGAAGCAUCGACAACCAUGAGAAAUGAGUCCUUUUCCAAAGAAUUGCCGAGUUCUAAUCAAGAAGUUAAUAAUUCUGAUAAUAAAAAUCAAAAUGAGAAACUUUACAAUAGUUUAAAUUGUACAGCUAAUGAUGAUAUUUUAUUAACAUCUAAUAAUUUGAAUUCAUCGUCGAACAGUCAGAAUAUUCAUGGCAUAAAUAAAGAAGACAAAAUUCGCAGUAGCGAACGGUGUUGCUGUGGUGCCCGGAAGACUGAAACAAACGGAAGCUCCAAUAAUUUAAGAAGUUCUAAUAAAAAUCUUGCAUUUUAUCGCAGAGAGGAUUCAAUGACGCAAGAUUCGCAGGAUGUGUCGAGAUGUGACGAAUAUAAUCAAAGAAGACCGUCAAUUCCGCGGCUAGAACAUACUUUAUCAAAGAACGAAGUAAAAAUUUCUAAAUGUUCUUCAAAGACUGAAAUAACAUCAAAACUCGACGCAUACAGUGAAAAAAGAGAAUCCACUUCUAAAUCUGAUGUUAGCUCCUCUGCUAGAACAGAAGGAUCUCUUCGAAUCGUCGAAGGACAUUGUCAAGACAAAAAUGAAGAAAUUACUUCUCAAAAUCGUGAUGUUUCGCAAAGAAAAGAUUCGACAUCGAGCACUUCUUCGCAAAGUCGCUCGUCAUCGACAUCACAUACGCGGAACGUAUCGACGAAAAAUAUGCCGCGUCAAAUGACGCGAACCGGCUCGUCAGAUGGAUCUUCUGUAAGCAUGCCAAUUGGCAGAUUAAAAUCAUCGUCAGCUAGUUCGGUGACGACUCAGGGUAUAAAAAUAAAAACGACAACUCCGCCAUCGUCCGGAAAAUUAUCCACUGGUUCGAUCCUAUCUUCAGUGAACCUACGACAAGGCGGUUCGCCGGACGCGCGCGGCAAACCACCUGUACCGAAGAAUGAUACUACGACCGCCGCCAUGUCGAAGUGCACCGUGGCAGCGAAGUAUGUGAACAAGGACUUCCGCAAGUCGGCCUUGAACAUGGAGAAUGGCGACCCGUCGUGUUCUAAAUAUGCGAGAAGGAAGAAAAGUCAGAGAAACAUUUCCGUUAGUCCUCACAAUUCUGAAAUAAUCUCAGAACAUAUUCCUCAGGAAAUCUCUUCGGGGUCCUUGACUUCAAUAAAGUCCGCACAAUCAAGGUUCAGGACUUCGUCAGAAGAAUCAAAGUCAAUGCUUAAGAAAAAUGGUUCAAAUAAUUCAAUAAGACGGGAAGAAACGAAAAGCGAGUCAAAGUCGCCUUACGAAACGAAAAAGAGGCCAUCUGAGACAUUCAGUUCCAGUAACAGUAGUCAGUCGGCUUCUGCGAAUUCCUCCAGCAGUGAAGACGAUGGAGGUACGGACAAGACGGGUUCGAGACAAAGAAGAAAAAAAACAUUGGAAUCGCCCACGCGUGAGGUGAGAGGUAAAAUCAGCACGGGAUCAUCAAGAACGAGUGUAUUAGUGUCGUCGACUGAUGAUAUGUCAAUGCUGACAGAGAAACCACCCAGACUACCCUCUAAUUCAAGAUCUAAAAGUGAUCGUUCCGCGAAAACGGAAGAGGCCAAGUCUUUUCUAAUGAGAGCGUUAGCGCCAGUAACAAAUUUCUUUAAAAACAAGAAUCAAGAUUCUGAUGAUACAAGUAAAUCAGAUGGUUGGAUUGAUUCCUUUGAGGAAAAUCAUGAGAUUAAAUCAAGGCAAUCGCUAUCAUCUUCAAAGUUAGUUAAUCAAAGUUUGUCAAAAAAACCUAAUUUUAGUAAUUCCCAGAGAAGCGACGAAAUAAGAGGACAUAAUAUGAGGAUUCAACACCAAUCUUCAGACGAGAAGCCAUGGUGGUUGGAUCCAAAUUCCGAUAAUGUUCCUGAGGGAGUUCAGAGGGCUAGUCCAUGGAAUAAUGAUGUUAGUCAGGAUACAACGGUUAGCACAGCCUUACCGGAUGAUGGUAAAUAA